UCUGGAUUAGGAACUGGGAAUUAUGCUCCGGGAUACUUUGUUUUCUUUUAUGAUAAUGAUAAUGUGUUGAAGUUGAUGUACAAUGGACCCGAUAUUACAAGCUUGUAUUGGCCUAAUCCUGAUUCUUACGUCUUCCCAAACGGAAGAACAAACUAUAACAGUAGCAGAAUUGCUGUUUUAGAUGACGAGGGUAGGUUUUCAUCAAGCGAUAAUUUUCAUUUCAAUGCUUCUGAUAUGGGAUUUGGCAUCAAGAGGAGGCUUACAAUGGAUUAUGAUGGAAACCUCAGGCUUUACAGUCUGAACAACACCUCUGGAACGUGGGUGAUUUCAUGGGUAUCAAUGAAGCGACAAUGCAGCGUACAUGGUGCCUGUGGGAAAAAUGGGAUUUGCAUUUAUGCACCAAAUCCAAAAUGCUCGUGUCCUCCUGGGUAUGAAAUGGCUCAGCCUCGUGACUGGACUCAAGGUUGUAAGCCUAAGUUCAAGCAAACCUGCUCAAAUGAUUCCCAAUCUCAAGAGUUCAAAUUUGUGGAGCUUCUACAUGUAGAUUUCUGGGGGUUUGAUUUCUAUUACAAUUCUACUACAACAUUCAAUUUUUGUAUGCAGCAGUGCUUGGGUGAUUGUCUCUGUGAAGGAUUUAGUUACAGGCUUGAUGGGGAAGCUAGAUGUUUUGCUAAAAGGAUUCUUAUGAAUGGUCUCAUGUCUCCAGACUUUCCAGGCAGCUUGUAUCUAAAGUAUCCAAUGAAUUUUGAGGCGCCAGAUUCCACCCUUUUCAAUGUCAUACAUCCCACAUGUAACCCAAAUGACACAGUCACUCUGGGCUCUCCUUCUAUGUAUGGUAGUGAUAAUAGUAAAAGGACAAGAUGGUACUAUCUCUACUGGUUUAUCUCUGUUCUUGGUGCAAUUGAAGUUUUCUUCAUAGCAUCAGCUUGGUGGUUUCUUUUUCUUGGAGGCCAUGUUGUCCCAAGUUCGGUCGAAGAUGGGUAUCAAGCCAUACUGAGCCAGUUCAGGAGGUUUUCUUAUGACGAACUCAAGAAGGCUACCAAUAAAAUGAAGGAAGAAUUGGGAAGAGGAGGUUCUGGUGUUGUUUACAAGGGUGUUCUAAAGGAUGAAAGAGUGGUUGCUGUGAAGAAAUUGAAUGAUGCUAGCCAAGGAGAAGAGAUGUUUUGGACAGAAGUAAGCACAAUUGGGAAGAUUAGUCAUAUGAAUUUAGUGAGAAUGUUUGGAUUCUGUUCUGAAAAGAAACAGAGACUGCUGGUAUACGAGUACAUGCAAAAUGGUUCACUUGACAAACAUUUAUUUUCACCAGGGAUCAUUGGAUGGAAAGAGAGGUUUAAGAUUGCCUUAGGGACAGCCAAGGGUUUAGGAUAUCUUCAUCAUGAGUGUCUAGAAUGGAUUAUACAUUGUGAUGUGAAGCCUGAGAAUGUACUUUUAGAUAGUGAUUUUGAACCCAAGAUUUCUGAUUUUGGUCUGGCUAAAUUGUUUCAGAGAGAAGGCAACAUUUCAAAAAUCUCUCUCAUUCGUGGCACGAAAGGUUACUUGGCACCCGAGUGGGCAAUGAACCUUCCUAUCACUGCAAAAGUGGAUGUAUAUAGUUAUGGGAUUGUGAUUCUUGAAAUGGUGAAGGGAAUUCGAAUUUCGAAUUGGUUGGACAAGGAGGAUUGCAAUGAAGCAGAUGAGACAGGGUUGGGGAGAUUUAUCAGGAUAUUGAAAAGAAAAAUUGAGUGUGGAGAUGAGUCAUGGGUGGAAGAGACAGUUGAUGAAAGAUUGAAUGGUGAAUUCAACAUGAAGCAGGUGGCUAAAAUGGUUGAAAUUGGGAUAUCUUGUGUGGAAGAAGAUAGAAACAAGAGACCCACCAUGAAAUCAGUAGUAGAAGCUCUAUUACAAUGUGAUGAUCUCUCUGACAAUGUUCAUGCUCUGAUGUAAAAAUUCUUCCAGAUGUAACACUGGUUUGUCUAAAUUAAGGUUGAUGUCCAGCUGUUUCUGUUGAAUAAAUGUAAUGUAACAUGAGUUUAGAACGGUGAAAUAUUGUGCUUUCUAACAA